UUUCAAGAAUCGACUGUGCUGGCAAUACUGUUGCUGAUACGUGUAUAUUUGCUUUCCAUUAUGUCAUCUUUAAUUGAGACCACAGAUUAUGAUAACUUCCAUCCGGAAUCAUACUUGGCAGCUUACAAAUGGAUGGAAAAUAGGAGAGAAGAUGAAACAGAUUUGUUUCAAUUUUUUUUGGACGCCUUGCAUGCCAUUUUUAGUUCGGGCAUCAUUAAGGGUCAACGCCUUCUCGACAUCGGUACUGGCCCAACAAUCAAAACUCUGGUAAGCUCCGGCAUGCACGUGGAUGAAAUAUAUCUAAGUGACAUCAAUCAAGAAAAUCGAACUAUACUGACCAGUUGGUGGAUGGGUGACGUAUGUUUGGAUUCAGAAGUUGUGGACUAUAUCCUAAAAAUAGAAAAUGCCAGCUAUUCUUCCAAGGAAAGGCAGAACAUGCUGAAAAGGAAAGUUCGCGGAAUAUUUCCUAUUGAUAUCAGAAGCGGAAGUCCAUUACCAAAGGGAGACCACCCAAGUCAGUUUGAUGUAAUUACAACAUCUCUCUGUUUCGAAGCGGCUACGCAGAAUCUUGAUGAGUAUGAAAAGGUGGUACAAAAUGCAGCUUCGUUGUUAAAACGUGGAGGGCAUUUGGUUUCACUUGGUCUUUUAGACAAUGAUUAUUAUGAAGUUGGAAAUUUCAAAUUUCUUUGUGCGUCUUUGUCUAAAGAUGACAUAGAACGUUUAUACAAAGCAUGUGGAUUCCAAAUAAUCAAUUUCAAGACGAAGAUAUUAGAUCAUGAUCAGAUAAAGAACAAGAAAAUGGAUCAAUGGAGUGGGCAAUUUGCAUUGCAUGCAGUGAAGAAAUAA